AUGAUGCCCGCAAAGGAAGAACCCCCUCAGUUCGCGCCCCCCCGCAAUCCCAUCGACAGGGACAUCGCGGCGCGCCUCCGGGCCCUCUGGCGCCGCUCCCACCGCCGCUGGCACCCCGCGGUGCGGGCCGAGUUCAAGGCCCUGACGCCCAUUGCGCGCGUCACCCGCGGCACCUACCGGCCGUCGAGCCACCUCAUUGUGCGCAAGUACGCGUCCCCUCGGGGUCCCUACGCCUCCUCCUCCUCCUCCUCCUCCUCCACCCCCUCGGCUACCGCCACUACCACCACGAGGAGCAGCAGCAGCAGCACCGCCACCACCUCCUCAGCCGUCGUCGACCGCCCGCCGCUGCCCUCGUACGCCGUCUUCCUCGUCCUGGUGACCAUGUUCGGCCUGCGGCCGCUCAUGGCCUACGAGUGGUGGGACGCAUUCCACAGGAAACACCCCUAUGCUGCGACGUUUAGGGGGCCGGGCGCGGUGCCGGCGAAUGCGGCGCAGGUGCUUCUGCUGGCGGAGAAGGAGGAGCAGGAGUCGGCGGCAACGACCAUAGCGACGACGACGAGGAGGGACCGGGCGGGAGGGAGGGGGAGGGUAGCUGUGGCUGCUACGUCCACUACCGCCGUUGCUGAGGGCGGUAAUGAGAAUGCGUACGAGGCGGGGCGGUAUGAGUUUCGUGGCAGUGCGCGGAGGAUGCGCAAGGUCGAGUACCGCAAGAGGAGCGGCAGGGAGACUCGCAAGGAGCAAAGGGACGUGGAGAGGAAAGAACAGGAGAAGAGGGAUGAGGAGCGGAGAGAGCAGAAGCAGAGAGAGGAGGAGGAGCAGAGGGCCGAGCGGCGGAGAACCAGAGACAAGAAGCACAACAAGGAAAGGAAGGACGAGAAGAAGCCCAAGGAGAAGAAGGAGACGGAGCCAAAGACCGACAAGAAGAAGAAGAAGAAGCAGAGAACGAAGGACACCAAGAACAAGGACGAGCCGGCAGGUGGUAGCGACAAGGACAACAUGAACGAGGUCGUAUACAUCUCGUCGACGGAGUCCAGCCCCGUGAAGCGGAUCCCAUCGACACACAAGACGACACUUGUCCCGCCGCCCGCGCCGUCGACUCAAGCCCAGCCAAGCAACCCGAAGCGAGACAACAGGAACAGGGAUCCCGACGCCAUGGACCUGGAUACUGGAAGGGGGAAUGGCGGUGAGACGACAUCGUCAGCCCCUCGACCGCACGCAGAGGCUAUCCCUCCCCCAGUCCGAGCGACGACUACAUCGACUACUACGGCGGAGAGUCAGGGGCAGCGACACGGCAUGGCACGCGGGGCGGCUGGCUCUCCGACGCGGGCCGCCGCGCCCCGGGGACCUCGCAUGCAGUCGUCCUCGCGUGGACACGACGACAUGGAGCAUCCGCGAGAUGCAUGGCAAGCGCGCCAUCAUCACUCCACCACGUCCGGACGGACCGCCCCCUCGUCGCGGCAGACGUAUCCAGAUGCGUACGCGCCCAGCAUCGGCAUCAACAAACCGCAGGACACGCCCUUCUCUCGCCGGGCCCCUCCCACACCAUCGCCGACGACCGCCGCGUACCCACCCCAAGGCGCCGCGACUCACGCUCCCCGGGGAAGACCUGCCACGGCAUCUACACCCAACGCGGCCGCGCCGCCUGCUCCGGCCGGAGAAACGGUCUGGGACAGCCUCUUCUCCCGACUACAGUCCGGCGGAGGCGCGACGACUCCAACACCGGCGGCCCCUUCCGUUCCGCCGGCGCAGGCGCAAGGGCCAGCCCCCGUGCCGCUGCCAGACAACGGGUACGGACACCCCCCUGCCCGGGACCUGCGCGGCCAGAUCGCAGAGCUGAGAAGGACGAACAAGACCCUGUGGGGCCGCAUCGGCAGGCUGGAGGACAAGGUGCGGAGGCAGGCGCUGGAGAUGGAGGUGCUGACGGGGAGGGUGCAGAUGCUGGCCGAGGUGGUGAUGGCCCGGCAGGCGCGCGGCUGA